AUGGACUCCAUUUUCCCCGCCUCAGAAGCAUCCUCAGCGGAUGAGGUUGUCAACGAAGAUGUCCGCAAUCUGGAGAGCUUCGGCUACAAGCAGGAACUCAAACGAGACUUCUCCUUCUUCGGAAUGCUGGGCUUUGCCUGGUCCGUUCUGACAACCUGGACUGCGCUGGGCGGCUCUCUCGUGGCAGCUAUCAAUGCUGGAGGCCCUCCCGUCGUCGUGUACAGCUGGCUUGCCGUCAGCUUCUUCUCCUUGUUCGUGGCCUACUCGUUCGCCGAGAUCUGCAGUGCGUUCCCGGUCGCUGGUGGUCAAUACUCCUGGGUUGCCAUCCUAACUCCACCGAAGUGGGCCAGACUCACAUCCUAUCUCUGCGGCUGGUUCAUCGUCAUCGGCUUCUUGUCUGCUGGAGCGGCCAAUGGAUUCAUAGGAGCGAGUUUUGUGCUUGGCCUGGCGCAGAUUGCUCACCCGAACUAUGUCAUCGAACGAUGGCAUGUCUGCCUGGUCUGCUACUUGGUGUUGAUCCUCGCAGCUGCUGUCAAUAUCUGGGGCAGACAUCUCCUCGACAAAAUGAGCAAGACGAUGAUGAUCUUCAAUCUGACCUCCUUUGUCGUCGUGAUCACUGUCAUCUUGUCCCUUGACCAAGACAAGGCGAGUGCAGGGUUCGUCUUCAAAGACUUUGUCAACAACACCGGCUUCAGCAAUUCCUACGCCUCCCUCUUAGGCAUCCUGCAAGCCGCAUUUGGUAUGACGGGGUACGAUGCGACAGCGCACAUGACCGAGGAGAUGCGCAAUGCGAGGAAGGACGCACCGCGAGCGAUCAUCUACUCUGUUUGGAUUGGGGCCUUCUCCGGCUUCAUCUUCCUCAUUGCCGCGUUCUUCUGCAUUCGCAACCUAGACGCAAUCGACACCACGGCGACCGGUGUACCCCUCAUCGCCAUCUUCCAGCAAGCAACUGGAUCGGUGGGCGGCGCUAUUGGCCUGACUGUUUUGAUCACAAUCAUCGCACUGGUCAGUCUCUGCUUCCUCAUGGCACAGAGCUCCCGGGUCAUCUUCUCUUUCGCUCGCGAUCAUGGCCUGCCUCUCAGCAGUUACAUCAGUCGGGUUCACCCUACACUACACGUCCCGCAUUACAGCAUUCUGACCGUCCUCGUUGUCAACAUGGCUCUGAUGGCCAUUUACUUCGGCUCUGUCACCGGCUUCAACACUGUGCUCGCUUUCUCAACAGAAGGAUUCUACCUAUCGUACAUCAUGCCGCUCUUCGUGCGCGUCUGGGGCCGGCUCGAAGGUCGUCACGACAUCGACAGCGGCUUUUCUCUGGGCAGAUUCGGCAUGGCCUUCAAUCUGAUCGGUAUGUUCUACCUCGCAUUCUGCGUCGUGGUCUUCAACUUUCCCUCCGUGAGUCCGGUCACCAGCGCGACCAUGAACUACUCCUCUGCAGCAGUUGGAGUGGCCGCCCUUAUCGCUACCACCACAUGGUUCACCACUGGCCGCAAGCACUUCACCGGCCCACAACGUGGCUCCGUCCUUGAGGGAUCUACUUCUUCAAAGCCUGAUGAUGGACAUCAUGUGUCCAUAGACGCCCGGGUCAAGAUUUGA